AUGAAGAAAUUUCAGAAUUCGCUCUUCCCAGAGUCACCAAAGUUGUGCCGCCUGUUGACUUUUUUUUACAAGGAAGCUCCUCCUCUGGGGAUGUAUUUCAGAAGUUGGUCACUUUUAGAGAGCAAAUUUGUCUCCGUUUUCCGGAACUUGUAACUUUCUUUUACUCAAGAACAUCCUUACCUUUUACCUUGCAAAGCCCGAAGCAGAAAUUUAUUGACUUUGUUCUCGACAACAAAAGUAAUUGUUGUGAGUUGUUGUUGGAGCAAGACAAUGGAUCCCUUUUUCGAGGAUUCCUCGUGCCAUUGGUUUUUAAAACCUAUUAUUCUGCCUUCAAAGAUUUUUCUUGUGGUAUUGUUGGCGAAUUUGGCAUUAGCCUAAAAGACACCCAGGACGUUUUGAGAAACAAGUUGGGGAAAAAGCUGGAAAAAGUCCUAAGAAUCAACCCUAUUCUCAGCAAGGAUGAAAUUUUCGGUAAACUCAAUGAUACACGUCAAGAAUUACUUGAAAAGGUUGGGCUGAAAUUUAACGAAUUUGGCGAGGUAGUUGUGGGCUAUGUUGUUGUUGAAAAAUACAUAACACUUUUUCUUAGUCAAGCAGGUGUGCAAAGUGCUAUAACAGCACCAAAUGACACUAUUAUUAUUAUGGAAAACACUGAUGGUUUCCCCUGGCUGAAAUGGUCUCGCCAUUUCACUGGAGAGACCAGUGUCCGAGUGAAGAUUAUUGAGCCCUAUAAUUUACUGAGCACAGUGUUGACGGUUGCUUUGUGGUUGGGAGGUGAUGAUUAUGACACAGUGAAAAAAUGUGCAGGGGCAGUUUUUGAUCAGCUGAAAGAACUGAAAACAAUUAAACAUCCAUUAAGUGGGAAGGAAAUUAAAAUUGUCCGCAGGAGCUAUGGUGAUGGUAAGGAAAGGAGGUCUUCAACGGGUAAUUCUUCUGCAAAAUCCUCCUACCCAAUCCCUGAAGCUCCAGAACACCAAAGGCAGUUGGGAGAUAUGAAACUAGUAUGUACAUGUCCAGUUUGGACCGUUGAAGACACAGAAGCUCUAGAGACUAAAUUCCAAAGCGAACUUAAAGGAAAAGCCCCUAGCAAAGAAAAACACAGGGAGUUCGCUAAUAUUUCUGGAACACCACUCUCUGAGUACUACCCUGGAACUUCCCAUCUUGGUUUUCGAUCUGCAGAAACAUUAUGUUUGCAAAUUGCCAAGAUUGCAUAAGGUUUGUAUCCAUAGCAACACAGGCAAACGCUAGAGCUACAUCUUAACAGUCACCUUAAACUGAUAUAUGCUUAUAUAUGUAAAUUUUUUAUUUUCUUUUUAAUCUCUCUUGAGCUGUCCGAUUCAAAAGUACUAUAAUUUUUGCAGUGUAACAUCCUCUGUCUGAACUUAUUUAACAAAAAAAGGUAAUAAUAAUUGUUACUGUUGUACCCUUUGAAGCAAAUAAAUACAAAAUUAUAGGCACAUAAGGGCACCCGUCUUAAACUGCCAAAAUGUUUUAAGUGAUCAGCAAGUGAGUCAAAAAAGUUCACAACAUCAGAGGAAACUGCCAACCACAGAUCAUCUUGCAUAUUUUUAGCAUGUGAGGAAAAGGGAAGACAUAAUUAGGGGAUAUUUUUAUUACAUGCCCAGGUAGAGAAACAAGGGAGUAUAUACUGUUGGAAAAUAUUUUUUUCAAAAAAGAAGAGAAUUUCUUAUCCCCAAGCAGCCAUAUCAUGUUUUGUGUAUUAUUUGAACAGCUAUGAAAUACCAAAACCUUUCACUUUCCUUUUUUUUUGCUGCAAAAGGUGUAAUUUUAUUCUGUACCCAUAGCAACAAUGAUCUUUAGGUGUGUUUGUGCAAAAACCUUGCCUGAUAUUUUACUGGUGAAUAAAUUCUAUACCCCAGCUCAUUAAUUAAUUAACAGGUCCAGUUGUGGGACAACAAAUAGCAAAAAAUAAUAUUCUGGCAUGUAGAUGCUAGUUACUUUUGCCAAAACUAAAUUGAGACUCUUUCUUUACUUUUUGUAGCCUUUCUCAUCAUAAAUCCACAUUUAUUUUGUUAUAGCUGUUCUUGGUAGUGAUCAGCAAUUUUUGUUAGCACUCAAAAAAGGAUUGGCCAAGUCUGUAAACCUUGAUGACAAAACAGUCAAGUUCGAUGAAGUAGGUGUUCUAGCCUUUGCAGAAAGAAUGCCUGAAAUCUUAAAAGCAGCUGGUUUUAAGGGAACUCUUUUAGAAAUCCUCUGUACAUUUUGCAAAGGUCUUGACGGUGUGUACAAAAACCUUCUCCUGACACCACAUGAAUUGACAGGUGAUGAUUAUGAAGUUCAGGCCCGCAUCCAGCUUGGCUUCCAAGCAGUGCUAAUAUUUGGAACUGCAAACAUCACUGCGUCACUAAAGCAGAUUGUUACCUAUUUUCCGUAUUAUGUGGAGAAGGCCCUUUCAGAUUCUGACAUCAUUGGUCUUCCAAUAACUCUGGCAAAUUUUAAUGACGGUAUCAUGGAGACAGCACAUAAACAAAAUAAAAAGAAUUCCUUGCUAUUUUCUGGAGGACGAAAUGGUCCCAUUUCAAAGCACCAGUAUCAAAAACAAGUCAUCCAGCAGCAAUUUGCAAAUGAAGUGUUUGAGUUAAUAUGUAUGUUAAUAUAA